UAAAGAGUUUGUCUUUUUUCCCUCCAUAUUUUUUAUUGGUUACAGAUUAGUACAUGCACACAAUAUUAACAAUAUAAUUUGGCCAAUAUCUCAAGAAGUUUUAAAAAUCAAAUUUAGGAAAGGGAUCUAAUUGACAUUAAUUCUCAGAUAUAGUGUCAGUUUUCCUUCAACUAUUCAGUUUCAUGUGUUAGUUUUCCCUUUUGUGUACUGCAAAGUUCCCAAGCAACUCAAAUUUGCAAACACAACUAUGGAUACAAUAUUUGUUUUACAACAGUUACCCAGGGAUCUAGGUUUCUGGUUUUGUUAUUCUUCCUACCUCUUUUGUUUCUUAAUCAUAUAUAACAACAUUUAGGGUAAUAGGUUGGUUUACAAGUCCUUUAAGUCUGUGCCUGAUGGCCUGUAGCCUCCAGUUUGAAACUAGAGAAGAAUGAGUAGUCAGGAACUGGUCACUUUGAAUGUGGGAGGGAAGAUAUUUACAACAAGGCUUUCUACUAUAAAGCAGUUUCCUGCUUCUCGGUUGGCACGAAUGUUAGAUGGCAAAGACCAAGAAUUCAAGAUGGUUGGUGGCCAGAUUUUUGUGGACAGAGACGGUGUUUUAUUUAGUUUCAUCUUAGAUUUUUUGAGAACUCACCAACUUUUAUUACCCACUGACUUUUCAGACUAUCUUAGGCUUCAGAGAGAGGCUCUUUUCUAUGAACUUGAUUCUCUGGUUGAUCUCUUAAACCAACACAUUCUAGAGCCAAGACCUGCUUUCCUUGAGGUGCAUUUCCUAAAUCGAAACACGCAAGCCUUUUUCAGAGUGUUUGGCUCUUGCAGCAAAACAAUUGAGAUGCUAACUGGGAGAAUUACAGUGUUUAUAGAGCAGCCAGCAGCACCCACCUGGAGUAGUAACUCUUUCCCUCCUCAGAUGACCUUACUUCCACUGCCUCCACAAAGACCUUCUUACCACGACCUGGUUUUCUACUGUGGCUCUGACAGCACUACUGAUAAUCAAAUUGGAGUCAGGUAUGUUUCUAUAAAACCUGAUAACCGAAAAUUGGCCAAUGGAACAAAUGUCCUCGGCUUACUGAUUGACAUUUUGCUAAAGGAAGGCUUUCAUCUAGUCAGUACAAGAACAAUAUCUUCAGAAGACAAAAGUGAAUGCUAUAGCUUUGAAAGAAUAAAACCCCUUGAAGUCCUCACCAUGAAUUCAACACCAAAACUGGAGACAGAGCAGUCUCAGAAAAAGAAAUGAAGUUGCCAUUAUCCUGUUUGGAAAUGCCAAUGCUGGGGCAUCUCUGUCAGUCAAAUCUGUACUCAGCCUUUUUUUAAGUACUUAUAAAUUCUUUUUUUUUUUUUUAAAUACUUUAUAAAGUUAUAGAGGGAUAUCUUUAUUUUAUUUAUGUAUUUAUUAUGUGGUGCUGAGGAUCAAACUCAGUACCUCACAUGUAUUAGCCAAGCACUUUAUUACUGAGCUACAACUCCAGCCCUUCAGCCUAAAUUUUUUACCUCAUCUACCACAUCAUCUUUGGGCAACUAGGCCCCCAAAAUGCUUAAGCCACACUGAAUUUCCUCCUGCUUUCUAAAAAAUACCAUGACCUGGUGCUUUGCUAUAUGUUCCUUCUACCUUCAAUGCCAUUCUUCAUGAAUACUUAUAGUUUUCAAAAAUGAGCUAUGGAGUUCGGGCAUGAUGGCAUACGCCUGUAAUCCCAUCUGCCUGAGAAGCUGAGGCAGGAGGACUGCGAUUCAAAGCCAGCCUCAUCAACGGUGAGGUGUAAAGCAACUCAGUGAGACCCUGUCUCUAAAUAAAAUA